UGAUGAUUAAACGAAAGCUGAAAUAAUGUAAAGAGAGUGAAUCACUGAGCAAGUUUUGGUCUUUGCUGAUCAGUUAUCAGUUAUCACUGAUGUUCCUAUCUGCAAGCAAAGUAUCCACAUUUGGGUUUCUCAUCUUCUCUGCUCUCUGAGUGAAGAAACCAAAGUAGAUGUUUGUAGAUGGUUUGGGAGUUCAUUUUUGGGCUUAAAAGAUUUGUUUUUUCGCAAUGAAAUGAUUGCUUCAUCCUCUUAAGGGGAAUGGGGCUCUAGAUAAUGCUGAAGAAGUGAAAAGUACAUUUGCGAUUUCAUGGCUGAUUCUUCUUCCGGUUCCUCUUUACCUAGUGAAAAUACAUCAAGCCUGAGGCAAAUAAGCUACUCCUUGUUCCACAAUUCUGGUUGUAGGGUGGGGCCUGCAGCAAAAGGUAUACCGGAUUCCGAAUCUGCUUGGAGCCCUACAUCUCCUCUGGAUUGCAAGUUAUUCUCAAAUUUUAGCAACCCUUUUGGUGUUAAGUCUUCUAAAGCAUCAUUUGGAUCUGGACACAAGAAGCAGUUGAACUGUGGUAAAGUAGGCCUCAGCAUUAUUAGUUCACUUGUUAAUGAAGCCAACCUUAAGGAUGAUGAAAUCCUUGGUAAUUGUCAGCUGAAAAAUGUGCUUUUCCGGCCACUGAUGAAUAGUGGCAUUCUUAAAGUCUCAAAGAAAAGCCAAGAAUAUCUGUCCCCUCACAGAAAAUCAAAUUCCUUGCCUAAAAACUAUGUGAUUUCACUUCCUUCUGAAACAAAAAUUUCCAAAUUUGAAGUUGAAAGCUUUGAUGAUGUUUCUAGCAAAGAAGAGUUAGGUCAUGAAGGUAAACCUUUCAAAAGUAAUAUGACUUCUUUGCCUGAUUCCUUGAGGCCUUCUUCAUCAUUAAUCUAUUCAAAUCACAAGUCCAAUCUGGGAGUAAUUGAUUUAUGUGUAGAAAAUGCAUCUUCUGCAUUGAAUUUGGCUCCAGUGGCAGGUAGAAGUUUGGAGGUAGAUAAUUCUUUGAAGAUUCAAUCAUCUUCACUUCCUGUAUCCAUUGAUUUUAGUAAAGGGUACAUAGGCUCACUUUCCGCAAGAGAUAUCGAGCUUUCUGAGGAUUAUACUUGCAUAAUUUCUCAUGGUCCAAAUCCUAAGAGAACUCAUAUUUUUGGUGACUGCAUCCUGGAAUGUCACAAAGAUGACUUUACUGAGUUAGGCAAAAAGGAAGAACCUGCUUUUGGAUCUUCCCAGGUUUCUACUUUUUCAGAAGGCUUACCCCCUUACCAUUCUGAUAAUGCUUCUAGCUUCUGUUACUCAUGUCACAAGAAAUUGGAAGAGGGGAAAGACUUUAACAUAUUCAGAGGUGACAAAACAUUUUGCAGCUUUAACUGUGGAUCCGAGGAAGAAGUGGAGAAAACUUGUUCUAACUCAACAGACAGCUCUCCUGGCUCAAGUUACCAUGAUCUCUUCUUCAAGGGUCUGCUUUUGUCCAAAUAAUUGAAUUUAUGAUUGCUAUGCAAAUUAUGUCAUUUGUUAGUUGUCAUGAUCCAAUUUUCAUGGUUUUAUGAUAGUUUUGGUAGAGUUCUAUUCCUUCUGAAUCUUGGUAACUUCUAGAAAGAUAAAUGCAUUAUAAUGUUCACUAGAUGAGACAGAAAGAGGCCACUGGCCCUCACUCAUCAGUUUUUCAUUUUAUGUUUUGUCAUUACUGUGAACCCAAUGAAUGAACUCUUUGAUUUGAUCAAUGCACCCAGCAUAUUGGCCAUUGA